AAUAAAUAAAAAAUGCCUGAGAAAAAUUCCUUUCAGGAGAAGAAGAAUGAGCAAUUAAGGUUUUCUGACGUUGUUUUGAACUACGGGAUAUUCCAUUACUGUUUUGUUUGUAUACAUCAAUUGCAUCCAUGGUGUUGCUGCUUCAUAUUUAAGCAUUUAAUCAGUAGUUCGUGAUCCAUUCUACAGCAAAAUGGUUUACUCAAAUGAGCAACUUUUCGAGAAAGUAGUUGAAAUUAUGAAGCCACUAGACCUUUCUGUGGUUGACUAUGAGGAGCUUUGUGAAAGAAUGAAUGAAGCUAUGCGUUUGGGGUUACAGAAGAGCACUAAUGAAAAAUCAUCAAUUAAAAUGUUCCCAUCUUAUGUUACACGAACACCUAAUGGCACAGAGACUGGAAAUUAUUUGGCGCUAGAUCUUGGAGGAACAAAUUAUCGUGUACUUGCAGUAACACUUGAAGGUAAAGGAAAACCACCAAGAAUUCAGGAAAGAACUUAUUGUGUUCCGGCAGAAAAAAUGUCAGGCUCAGGGAAAGAUCUUUUCAAAUAUAUCGCUGAAACACUGGCUGAUUUCCUAGACAAUAAUGGAAUGAGACAUAAGAAAUUUGAUCUUGGAUUCACAUUCUCUUUCCCAUGUGUACAGAAAGGUCUCACUCAUGCCACUUUAGUACGAUGGACAAAAGGCUUCAGUGCAAGUGGUGUAGAAGGUCACAAUGUUGCCGAACUACUUCAAGUUGCUCUUGAUCAAUUGGGUCUAAACGUGAAGUGUGUUGCCGUUGUAAACGAUACUGUUGGUACGCUUGCUUCAUGUGCUCUUGAGGAUCCAAAAUGCGCUGUAGGAUUAAUAGUAGGAACUGGUACAAAUGUUGCCUAUAUUGAAGAUUCUUCAAAAGUUGAACUAAUGACUGGUGUAAAAGAUCCUGAAGUUGUUAUCAAUACUGAAUGGGGUGCAUUCGGUGAAAAAGGCGAAUUAGACUGUUGGAGAACACAAUUCGACAAGUGUAUGGAUGCUGAAAGUCUUCAUCCUGGAAAACAAUUAUAUGAAAAAAUGGUGUCUGGAAUGUAUCUUGGAGAGUUGGUCCGUCAUAUUCUUGUCUAUCUAGUUGAACAAAAUAUUCUAUUCCGUGGAAAAUUACCCGAACGCUUACAAGUACGGAAUGCCCUGUUAACUAGAUAUUUAACAGAUGUAGAAAGAGAUCCCCCUCAUCUUUUAUACAACACCUAUUAUAUGCUUACUGAGGAUUUAUCAGUGCCUAUUGUUGAACCAAUUGAUAAUCGUAUUGUACGAUAUGUUUGUGAAAUGGUUGUUAAACGAGCAUCCUAUUUAGCAGGUGCAGGUAUCGCUUGUAUUCUCCGGAGAAUAAAUCGUCCAGAAGUAACUGUUGGUGUUGAUGGAUCUUUGUAUAAAUUUCAUCCAAAAUUCUGUGAACGUAUGACAGAUAUGAUUGAUAAACUGAAACCAAAGCACACUCGAUUCUGUUUACGUCUGUCCGAAGAUGGAAGUGGUAAAGGAGCAGCAGCUAUAGCUGCAUCAUGUGGUCGAUCCUCGUGAGAGAGAGAAAAAGAGAGAGAAGAAAGAAAGAAAGAGAAAAAAUAUACAUAUAUAAAUAUAUAUCCUAGACAUUGCAGAAAUUGGCAUGGAGGAGUGAACAAAUGCUUAAAAUUUCUUUUCUUUUCUUUCCUUUUGUGUCUUCAAAACAAUUUUAUCUUUUAUUUUAUUUAUUUCAAUGCAUAUAUAUAUACAUAAGUGUGAGUGAGUGAUUUUUUCACUUUGUCUGCCUGCCUGACUGUCUAUUCAUUUUUAACAUGAAAA